GAAAAACAGACGAAAGGAUUGGGUUGGGUUGUGUAAAUUUUGAUGAGGCAAAGGAAACUCUAGCGAACUGGAACCAAUCGUUUUCUGACGCUCUUGCAAAGGACUGAUUGAUCGUAGAGAAGAAGAUAUGGGGAGCACAAGCACGAGCUCUGCUGCUCUAAUCCACCAUUUCCACCUCACAAGUCGCGAUGUUGAUUCGCCUAGAAAGCGUCCCUACUACUACACUGUGAAAUUCUGCAACUCGUGGAAGGAAGGUGGACUCCGAUACGGUGCAACGCGACGGUGUGGCAAAGUCUUAAGACCCGUGGUUCGCUUGUCAGCUCUCGAUGAAAAUUCCGGCGAUUCACCAACGGAAACUACUUCUAGUCUUGGCUCUGCCGUACAAGACAGACCAGGUGUGGAAGAAGAUGCAUCCUUUGAGCAAGAAGAUAAAUCAAGUUCCAUCUAUGAGUUUCUCUAUCCAGAUAAAGAGGAGCUCCCUGAUGACAAAGAGAUGACUAUAUUCGAUCACCUGGAGGAGCUCCGUGAGAGAAUCUUCGUCUCUGUUUUGGCCGUGGGAGCUGCGAUCACGGGUUGCUUCGCCUUCUCCAAAGAUCUAAUCGUGUUUCUUGAAGCCCCAGUCAAAAAUCAGGGCGUAAGGUUUCUUCAGCUAGCUCCUGGCGAGUUUUUCUUCACUACUUUAAAGGUUUCAGGUUACUGUGGGCUUCUACUAGGGAGUCCAGUGAUCUUGUAUGAGAUCAUAGCUUUUGUACUUCCUGGUCUGACACGAGCUGAGAGAAGGUUUCUGGGGCCGAUUGUGUUUGGUUCCUCCUUGCUCUUCUAUGCUGGACUUGCCUUCUCCUACUGGGUGUUAACCCCUGCUGCCUUGAACUUCUUUGUGAAUUACGCUGAAGGUGUGGUUGAAUCUCUCUGGUCUAUCGACCAGUACUUUGAGUUUGUGCUAGUUCUUAUGUUCAGCACCGGCCUUUCUUUCCAGGUUCCGGUAAUUCAGUUACUCCUGGGACAAGUAGGGGUGGUGUCGGGAGAUCAAAUGCUUUCAAUAUGGAGAUAUGUGGUGGUGGGUGCGGUGGUUGUAGCAGCUGUUGUCACGCCCUCGACAGACCCUGUCACUCAGAUGCUCCUAGCAACGCCGCUUCUGGGGCUAUACUUGGGUGGUGCGUGGAUGGUCAAGCUCACAGGUCGGUGAGGAACUUGGCUGUUCAAAGACAAAUAAAGUCAUGUAUCUUGUAGAGUAUAUAUAUCACUUUCCAUGCAAGAGACCACAGUUUGGUACCUAAAUUGUUCAUUUGAAUCUUAAUCUUUUUUGGAUGUAUAAAUUUUAGCAACCAAAAAGAGCACAUUAGGUUGA